UUACUUGAAGACUGGUGGAUUACUUCAAGACGUGUGUGGAAUUAACGUUACCUGGAAAUCAUCGUCUCAACUGUUCUGUGAGUAACCUGGUGGCUUAUUGUUCUACGACCCAGGUGAGCAAACAUUUCGAGAGACUGGAAUAUCGUUUGGAUGGACAAUAACGUUAGCAGCGCAAUCGCUCAUCUAACGUUACUUGUUGCUGAACUGAAUGCCGACGUGUUAAUUGGAAACGGACACUUUUAAUGUUGUUGGAUGAUGCUAAUACGAUCAAAUAGACUGUGUUUUGUGGACGUUAUUUGAAUUGCUGGCUGAACUAAAAGGAAACAAACGGGCCUGCAAUAAAAUAAAAAAAAUAAAAAAUAAAUAAAUUUAAGCGCUUGGAUGCGUGCAAAUUAAACUAAAUGAAUGCGCGUAAUAAACGGAACUGAACUGUUGAAUACUGACGUUGUUUUUGGUAAGACACGAAACUAAUUUAAAAGAAAGACUUAAAUAAACUGAGAUCAUGUCUGAUGAAGAAAGCCAGAAUGAGGCCACAGGCUUGGAAGAGCAAGACUAUAAAAGCGAGCUGUCUUUCAAAGCGCUCAGCGCAACUCGGCGUGGUAAACUUGGGCAAUGCACUCGCAAAAUGAAUGAGAUCAAAGCUAUAAUGUGUGAGAAUGUUGAUGUUGAGGAUGUGAAAAAAGAAGUGGCUGCGUUCCACACAAUACUGAAUGAUUUUAAGUUCUGUCAUGAGUCUACUCAAGCUUUGUUGUCUGAUGAUGUGAAAGAGAGUGAAAAUCUUGAUUGGUAUGAACCUAGAAUGGCUAGAUAUAAUGAAUUCCUUGCUAAUGUUGAUGAAUGGUUAAAACAACAUAACAUAGAUCCACAGACACUUGUUGAUGUGACUGACAGUGUGUCCAGGGUAUCUAAGACUGCAUCAAAGACUUCAAAAAUAUCCUCCACAGUCUCAUCUAUUCGUAUUCAGCUAGCAGUUGACAAAGCUGGUUUAUUGGCUAAAGCAAAAGUUUUAGAGGAGAAGCACGAAAUAGAGCUGGAAAAAGUAAAGUUACAAGCAAGAAUGGAAACACUUCAAUUACAAGAAGAUCUUGCUAUUUCACACAGUAAAUUAAAGGUGUUAGAGGAACUUGAGCCAAGCCAAGAAAUAAAGCCACAAUGUGAAACAGAGGAUGAUAUGAAUGCGUAUCUGGAAGGAUAUUUACAAAGACACAAGACCAAAACUGUUGAAGUUAAAUCCAGUGAAAGCAGCAAAAUUGACUCUAUCCUGUCUCCACCUCACUUUGCUGAACUAGGAGCAGUACCUAAAACUCCAUUACAGAAAACCCUGCGUGAACAUCAGGUGUCUGAACUACCACCGGUAGCAGCAGCAGCAGCACCCGCAAAACAAAAAAUGAAACCGAAUUCAUCUAAGGUCACUGUAACAGAUGUACAAACAAGAAAGGAAUCCACUCCUGGAAGGGACCGGUCUGAACAUUCAGAUAUUUCAAUACAAAGACAGUCAGACUUGACAAAUCUGCUUGUUUCUGUUGUAUCUCAAACAUCACUCCCUAAAAAAGAAGUUCCUGUUUUCAGUGGUGACCCCUUAGAGUUCCAGCUCUUCAUGCAGGCAUUCAGACACAAUAUAGAAGACAAGACUGACAGUAAUGAGGACCGACUGUAUUUCCUUGAACAGUUUACAGCGGGCCAACCAAAAGAACUUGUCAGAAGCUGUUUACAUCUGGAUGCUACAGCUGGUUUUAUUGAAGCAAAGCGUUUGCUGAAACAUCAUUUUGGAAAUGAGUUUAAAAUCGCAUCAGCUUAUAUGAAUAAGGCCUUGACCUGGGCUACAAUUAGACCAGAUGAUGCUAAAGCACUGCAUAGUUAUGGACUGUAUUUAAGAAGUUGCAACAAUGCUGCUCAAUCUUUUCAGUAUAUGUCAGAACUUGAUUUACCAUCAAACAUGAAAUUAAUAGUGUCAAAACUUCCAUACAAGCUCAGAGAAAGAUGGAGAUCUGUUGUAUGUGACAUCAUGGAGCAAACACAGCAGAGACCCAAAUUCUGUGAUCUUGUUAAGUUCAUCGAAAAGCAGGUGAAAAUAUUGCAAGACCCUGUGUUUGGUGACAUUCAAGACGUCACUAAAAUCAGCCAACCAAGACGGGUGGUAGCAGAUCUGCCACAUGUAAAAUCUGGCGCAAAGAAAAGUUUUGCUACCACAGUCUCCCCAGUCGUUUGUGUUGCUGACGCUAACAGAAUUUAUCCUGUGAAAAUGGAAAAUGGAAUUAAAGGCCCUACUGCCGAUGUGAAUGAUGCAUUUCUGAAACCAUGCACCUACUGUAAAGGAAAUCAUGCUUUGGAAACUUGUCAGAAAAUAACAAAACUCCUUCAUCAACAGAAAGUUGAUUUUCUGAAGAAAAAUGGUUUCUGCUUUGCGUGUUUGAUUAAAGGCCAUCUAAGUAAAUCAUGCAAGAACCGUUUGAUAUGCCGCUCAUGUGGUAAGAAGCACCCCACUAUCUUGCACAUAGCAAACAGUCCUCCAGAUGGCGCUGUAGGAAAUGUGACUGUCUCUUCAGUGGCCAAGAAAGAUGCCAGCAGUGGCACAGACUCAAUCAUCCUGGGCAUGGCAUCUACAGUCCGAACAGGGGCCGGUACCAUCGACCACAAACUGCCUAUCGUGCCUGUAAAGAGACGCUCAUGGAGAAACUGUCCAUAAGAGGAAGGAAAACGGACAUCUUACUUCGAACCAUGGGUCAAGAAAAGCCUGUGCAGACCUACAAUGUGAGUGGACUCCAAGUAUGCAGCCUAGAUGGUGAUGACUUCAUAGAACUUCCAGAGGUAUUUACACAACCCGCCAUACCUGUUAACAGUGAGAACAUCACAUGUGAGGAAGAUCUCAAACAAUGGCCUUACCUUCAAGCGGUCCAGUUGAAGUCCAUCAGUGCCGAGGUCAGUCUGCUGAUCGGAGUGAACGUUCCCAAAGCCUUAGAACCGCUGAAGGUCAUUAACAGCCAAGACAAGGGGCCGUAUGCUGUCCUAACACACCUGGGAUGGAUAGUAAACGGACCUCUGGGUACUAGCCCACCCUUAGACCAACAUGGACGACCACAGAUAGUAGCCAACAGAAUAUCAGUGGCUCGUCUGGAAGAACUCUUGGUCCGACAAUACAACCAAGAUUUCUCAGAAUUGGCGCACCAAGAGAAGGCAGAACACUCUGUUGAAGAUAAAAGAUUCCUUCAAAUAAUGAAUGAAUCCAUCACAAAGAAAGAAGGUCACUAUGAAUUAC